AUGGCGCAUCCUUCCAUCAAGAUCGAUACCAACGUCCAGACGGGGAAGCGCGGCCUCCCUCCCGACGGCGAUGGUCUCGAUGUGCCUGGUGAACAGGGGAAUCCCCGGUUGGAUGCUGGCAAUACGGACGAUGUCCCGCCGUUUUUGUGCCAAUCAGUCUCGGAGAUUCACGACAAGUUUGAAGACCUCGAAUGGAUGCAGAGGACACGACUGGCCGAUGCCAUGUUGUCCAACGAUCCUGCCCACCGUUUUGCCCUCGAGGGCGACCCCCAAGUCAAGGCUCGGAAUCGAUAUGUCAACGUGCAAGCAUGGGCCAACUGCCGCAUCCAUCUGCGGGUGCCCGAGGGCGAGUGUGAUUUUAUCAACGCCUCGCCGAUCAUACUGAAGGAUUCGGUCACGGAGGAGGAGAGGACCUACAUUGCGACCCAGGGACCCAAGCUCGGUCAUCUCUCACACUUUUGGCAUAUGGUCUUCCAUGAAAGCAAGGAUGUAGCUGUGAUUGUCAUGUUGACCCAGACCUUUGAGGCCGGCCGGGAGAAAUGUGCACAAUACUUCCCAUUGGAUUCGGACCAGGCUUCGAUGAUUCUCUCGGAAGAGGAGUCGGAUCCCUCCGUGACCGAUGAGAGUAGCCAGGAGGAAACCCCCGAAACCAUUGGCAAGGUCACCUUGUUAGAGUCGACGGUCGAUGCCAAGUCACGCUCGGAGGUUCGCAAGCUCGAGCUGACCAUCGGCUCGGAGUCGAAGAUUGUGUGGCAUUUCCUCUUUGCAGGCUGGGCGGAUUAUUCCAAGCCCGAAGGCAGUGACCGUGAGGCCCUCCUGGAACUGAUCAAAUUAUCGGCUUCCAAAGCUGGAGGGCCUGAAAAUCCACGUGUGGUCCAUUGCAGUGCAGGCGUUGGCCGCACGGGAACUUUCAUCGCCCUGGACCAUCUCCUCCAGGAGCUCGAAUCGGGCCAGCUGCUGCAGGUAGCCGACCCCGAGACCGACCCCGUGUUUGAGACGGUCAACCAGAUGCGCGAACAACGCAUGAUGAUGGUUUACAACGAGAUGCAAAUGCAGUUCAUCUACGAGGUGCUUCGAGAACAAGCCGAUAUCAAAUUGGGCAAGAUACCAGGACAGAACGAGUCUCCUGCGAGCCAAAUGGAUGAGCCACGGUCUGCCAAGCUCGCCAAACUGAGCGACGAGGCUGAUUAUCUGCCUGCCUCAAAGCCUGAAUUAGAGGCUGUCCCGGACCAAGUUGCAACUCCGACUGAAACGCCCGAGUCCUCUCACCAUGAGUAA